AUGUCUGCAGGAGAAGAAACUCAUUCUCAAUGUAACGUGACUAAAAUCCCGAAGAUUUGUGUGGACAACAAUUUGGAGAUGGUCGAUUGCUAUGAUGGCGGUCUGUGUGGGAAAUCUGAAGAGGAUUUUUAUAUUGCCGAAGAGCAGACGUUUGGUAUUAACGAAUUGUCUUACUUAUCACGCCUAUCAUGUGCCAGUAACCACAAGAAGUUUCUACUGGCUGUUGUGCUUCUUUCUCAGUGCAGUGAGGGCUACCGCCAUGCCACACUACAGUGGUUAAACAAUACCACGAUGGAAUCGAGUGAAGGUUCAGACCAAGUUUUUGCAGAUUGUGAAGAAAAUCGUUCAACUGUACUAUCGUCAAAUAGUGAACUGUUAGAAAGGUUAAAAAAGUUUGGACUACAAUAUAAUGAUAAAUCUUGUCAACACUUACGUCAUGAUUCUGUUCCAAAUAAGUUAGAAGAUGAUCAUAUCGAAUUCUAUUCUAUUCCUCAGGCUAAAAAUCUUACCAAUGAUUUACCAUCAGACAUUGAAUUGAUAACACAGAAUUCUCAGAAAAUUAAGAAACAAUACUUAGAAUUAGUUAGUGAAAAAUUCGUCUCUUCUCUUCUUGAUGAUUAUGACGCGUUAAUGAAAGAAAUUCAGUGUAGUAAUGCUCCAUUGCGUGAAGUAGCAGUUCAGACAUCUGUUGGUCAACUUUUCAUAGCCACAAUUCUACAUACAUCACUCAAUGAAGAUGAUCGAAAGUGGUUGUUGUCUUCUAUUCAAAGUAAAUACAAAAAAAUGUCAGGAGAAGAUAAUCUGUCAUCAAAAGAGAAUUCUAUGGAUGAUGAUCUUCGCUCAAAAUUGUUUGACUGUUUAAUUGAUCUGGGCUUAGAUCUUUCUUGUGCAUUGCAACGAAUGAAGUCAGACGCAUCACUUUCACAUUCACUGACCUCUUCUGGGUUUCUAUCGGGUUCUGGUGGUUCAGAUAGUCAGUAUGAUUUACUCAUGGAAGCUUCUAAUUCCGGAUCUCAGACAAUUAAUACUAACAAUACUUUGAAUAACACAAAAACGAAUUAUGGUACAUUGUUAACUGUUCCAAAUGCUGAUGGUAAAUGUGGUUUAUCAAAUAGUUUCUACAAUUGUCUUUACCCAUUCAACUCAUCAUCACAUUUCUCUUAUCGAAGGCUGUCUGACAUCCCUACAGUAUCUAACUUUUAUUCCUCCCCCUCCCCCUCCUCCUCCUCAUCAUCUUCACAAUGCCCUACACAACCGGCAUCCAAUGAGAAUAAUGAAGGAAAUAAAACCCUAGACGAUGUUGGCUCAGAUUCAAAUCAGAAUACCGCUACAGUAGCCAAAGAUUUCAAUGACCUCCCAGUAGUCAGUUCAUCAGAAUUACCGACAACUGUUCAAACUCCAGCAGUUGAUACAGAUGAUGGACAAGCAAAAUCGUCUUCAAAUGUGGAUUGCCAGCAAAGAGUAUCAAUAAGUAGUACAUUGAGUGAUUCAAGUUCAAUUUCAUCAAGUAAUCCAGAUUUAGGUAUUUGUGUCCCACAUUCACCUACGUCAAUAGUUUUAACUUCUACAUCACCAGAACUUGUAAAGAAUUUCGAGAAUCUCAGUAUAUACACUAGCAAUUCACUUAAUCAAUGUCUAACAAAAACGUCUGAAAGUGAAUGCCCUUCUGAUGAUCGUAAUUCCAUGACAAAUCAGCAUUCCAACAUGAUGGUGAAUGAUCAUUGUUCAUCAUCAUCAGCAACAUCACUUAACAUUAAUAUUUAUCCUCAUAUGAUGACAUCACACUGUCAUCCACGUGAAGAAUUACUUGAUCAUGUUUCUAUAAAUUUUCCUGAAACACAAGAUGGAUCAAGUCAGUGUUUCAGUGUUUCUACGAAUUCGGUUAAAGCAAUUAGUUCUAAUGAUGGCAGAUGUACUUCGCAGUAUAGUUCUACUACUGAAGAGAAUAACUUUUUAAAUCCAUUUUCUGGAAUGACAGCUGUCCCAUUUUGGUUAAAAAGUCUACGAUUACACAAAUAUGCUAGUCUUUUUCAAAAUCUAUCUUAUGAUGAAAUGAUGUCUAUCACUGAUGAUUGGUUGAAAGAGCAUGACGUUACACAAGGCGCAAGAAAUAAAAUCCUAUUGAGCAUUGAAAAAUUAAAACAUAGAAAGUCUAUUUUAUGCACAAUGGAAAAGUGUCUCUCCGAAAUCCCCUCCACAGGUCAAUUAGCACGAUCCACCGUGCAUUCUUGUUUAUCUGAAAUUAAGCAUAUCCUAUUGACACCGAUUAAACCAUGCUUUUUUCAAUCAAUAAAUAAUCAUUCCAUGCAUUUAUGUCAACCUGCUUCUGCUUGUGCUUCAUCUUCAUCUUCCUCGCCAUCUCCGUCGUCGUCUUCUGCUUCUGCUUCUGCUUCGGUUUCUUCAUCUUCAUCGUCAUCUUCAUCUGUUGUUAUCCUAACCUCAGGAAAGUCAACUAUGCCGACUACUCUAACAACAAUAACGACAACAACAACUACUACUCCUACUGCUAUCAAUACCAUGACAAAUUCAACGCAUUUAACCUGUCCAAUAACAGUUAUUCAGACAACAGAUAAUGCUAAUACGGAAGAUCAUUUAAUUCGUGGUGGCGGUGUUGGUGGUGUUGGGAAUAUUCACGAUAAUAAAAGUAGAGAUAAUAAUAAUCCGUGCAAUACUUGUAAUACAAGUUCAAUAGCUAAUCCGAUAAUAAUCCUAUAUAAUGAAUAUUCCUUCUAUCAAUAA